UGAUUUUAGAAUUGAAGGGUUUGCAGAGUAUACGCCCAAUAUCAGCAUUAGUAGGUCUAAUGUAUUGCGAAAUGAUCUCGACAGCUGAAUGUUUUGUUCCGUUUCGCUCAUAUCGCUUUCUCACAGAGGGACAGUAGUUCAACUAUUCUCUGAAAAUGUUUGCCUCCGCGUUUAUUCUCUCAUUACUGAUAUCACUGCAGCUUUCUUCUUCUUUGGGAAGCUGCAGCAGUCCUGUCUUCUCUGUCUGUUGGGUUCUAAACGUCAGCGCCUCCGCGAAGAGACCAGAUACCAAGAUAUGGCUGGACAGCAAUGAACUUACACCCAUAGGAAGUAAAGGCAAAAUGGUGUCGUUGAUGGUAACGACACUGGAUGUACACACAUUACGCGCGGACUAUGAAGGAAUCUCCCAUGUGUGGAACUUUUCAGUUGUUUCCGAUUCCAUCAAUGUGAGCAGUGCGCACAGAACUGCGUAUCUCCCCCCCAGCAGAAGUGGGGAAGCUCUCAAGACAUUCCAGCCAAAUGAAGUGUUUCCCUGUGAAAACGACACUCAUUAUCUCUACCAAAAGGAGGACUUUAUCAUUGCACUUGGCCACACCCACCGCUUUCCACUGAGGGCGGAGUCUCGGGGUGCCUCCAUGCUAUUGGUCUCCUGGCGAGGGAGCCCCCGUGUCCCCCCCGACCCCCUGCACAGAGUGGCGCUGUACCGGCCGGACCUGGACGGCCUGGCGGUCCUGUGCAAUGAGACCACGCGCAGGUGGCACUACCGAUUCGCUGGCCUGGACGGCUGCCGGAGCUACGUGGCGUGUGUGGAGAUGGCGCUCGGCCCCGCGGUCCUGUGCCUCACCGCGCUGACCGAUCCUGACGUGCCCAGGAACUUCAGGGUGACCGCUUGGGACAGCAACAGUGUGACCGUGGGAUGGGACUGCCCCCCGAGCGACCCCGCCUCGGGCCUCACCGGCUUCCUGCUCACGGUCUUCCACGUGGACGGCUCUGGCCACGUCCUGGAAGAGAGGAGCUUCAGACACACGCUGGGCAGCCCGGUGUUCACCGUGGGCAGCUUGCCUCCCUGUAGCAGGGUGCAGCUGGGGCUUCAGGUGGUGUGCCAGUCUACGGGCCAGUCUGUGGGCCAGUCUGUGGGCCAGUCUGUGGGCCAGUCUGUGGGCCAGUCUACGGGCCAGUCUGUGGGCCAGUCUGUGGGCCAGUCCCGCCUCAGCAGGAUGGUCCUCAGCGAUGGAAACUCUGCAAACUCUGAAAUCAUAAACCUACACCAGUCCUCCUUUGGCUCCCACAACUAUACGGUGAGCUGGUCUGUGCAGAACAUCUCCUCCAUCUCCAGCUUUAAGGUGUACCACCAGGGGGAGCUCCAGAGCUCCACGCUCCUCACCUGGCACACAGUGACAGGCCUGCUUCCCUGCCACCAGUACAGCUGCAGGGUGGAGGCCCUGUGUGGGGACAGCACGGUCAUGAGCGUUAGCACCAUCCAGACAAAAACAGGCCCUGGUGAGGUGUUGGAUCUCCGAUUUAGGCAGAAGGACUCGAUAGCCCUGUGGAGCGGCAGGUCUGGGGUGGGCGUGGCCUUCUUGUACCGCCUCUCUGAGAGGGGUGGCCCGAGCGUCCGGAAGGGGAGGCUGGCAGCCCCCCCCCUGCCUCUGCCGGGCCUGAGGCCUGGCUACCCGUAUGACCUGGAGGUGGUGCCAGAGUGCGAGGGUGGCGAGCGUGGAGCUCCAGCUGUGCUCUACUUCAUCCCAGAGGAAGUCCCUGGCAGUGCCCCCAACGAUGCCCCUGGAGACAUCCUGCUACCCAGGGUUGUUGACUCUGCAGACCAAACAACAGAUCGCCUCGGACUGCAGGUUCACCCCCCCAGCCAUGAAAUGUUCCUUGUUGUGCCAUGGACAAUGCCGCUAUCGCUGGAGGAUCCGAGGGCAGAAGCUCGAGUCCUGCUGGAGGGCAUUAUUAAAAGCAAGCUGCAGAACUUACUGAGUAAGUUCUGGCCAAAAGCGGAGGUGCAGCUGAUCUCGUUUGAAGACAGCGAGAGGAAAACAAAAACCAAGAUCACUUUUGAAAGCUUUGAUGUUUCCAGCCAGGAUGGGGUAGUGAUCCUCCGCCCUGAGGAGCAGCUGCAGCAUAUUAUCUCUCUCGGCCACGCCCACAUCACCGUCACAGACGACAGCAUCUACUGGGACGACCCAGAUGAGUGUGACUCCCCCGCCCUGAACAAGUGCAGCUCCAACUCCGUCUGCAUCAACACCCUGGACUCAUUCACCUGCGUGUGUGAGCCGGGGUACUACAGCCUGAGCCCCAUCCUCAGCCCUGCCUGCCACGAGAAGGGGAUGUUCACGCUAUGCCUGAAGGACCAUGUAUCUGGGGGCAUCUCCAAGCCUUUCCUCAUCCACUACUUUGGCGGGAAUGUGACUGUUGUCCUCAAUGAUGGUCGCUGCUCCAUCAACGAGACGGACAAGUUUUAUUAUUACAGGAUAACUGGCGCCCCCUCCCAGUGUGGAGGCCAAACGCUCAUUAACAGGACGCAUGUGGAGUUGAGGAACGCGCUGACUGUGACGCUCAGCAGCAGGAGAUCCAUCACACGGAGGGACCUGAAGGUGCUGUGGACCUGUGCCUACCCGCUGCUCCAGACCAGCACAGCCCGCAUGAAGCCUGGUCUGGACUGGGUUACCUCUCACAGUGUGGUGCAGGUGAAUUCGUCCCGCCUCCUGGAGAUCAGCAUGGCCUUGUACAGUGACUCAUCUUACGAAUACAACUACACUGGCCCUGUGGAGCUCCCUUCUGCAGAGCAGCUGUACAUCCAGGUGAUCCUGCACUGUGAGAACAGCCUGGCCUACAACAUGAGCCUACAGCUGGAGUCCUGCUGGGCCACACAGACCGCAGACCCACAAGAGGAGAAGAAGGCUUUUUUCCUGAAGGGGGGCUGCCCAAACGACAGAACCUUCCGCUGGUACCUCCAGAGCAGUUCCCCUCAAAGGAAGAGGUUCUCCAUUCAGAUGUUCACCAUGUCUGACCACUCCCACAUCUACCUUCACUGCCUGAGCAGAAUAUGCAGCCAAGAUGAGAACUGCAUAACGAACUGCUCUCCCGGUCAAAACCAAAAGGUGAGAAGAGAUCUACUGGACAAGCUCACAGCUAUUCUUUCAGCAGGACCCAUCUCUGCAGCAAAGAGGAAACUGACAAACUGGCCUGGAGCCCAGAUCAUGCUAUCAGUGGCCGGAGGAUUGAUUGGCCUCUUUUUUCUAACAGCACUGGGUGUGCGUGCAGCACACGCUAUAACACAGCGCAACCCCAGACAUCAAUAAAGUGUGUAUACCUGCA